GCCAAAUUGACAGAAUUAAAUAGUGACGAUCUCUUCAAGUGUUUCUCUUAAAUAUCGUCAAGUAUCCAAGCCAUAAAUUAUAAAAACAUAACAAGACACCAUGCGACGCACCGCCCUGCUCCCCCUCCUCGCACCGCCCCUCCUCGCAUCCCCUACCCUCGACAUCCUCUCCCAAAACGUCGCCGGCCUCCCCGCCUUCCUCAACCCCAACGGCGAAGGCGACAAAACCGCCAACUCGCACGAACUCGGUCGCCGCUUCGCCCAGUACAACUACGAUGUCAUCCACGUCCAGGAGGACUUCAACUACCACGCUGCUAUCUACGAAUCGGACGGCGAUGCUCACCCCCACCGCACGGCUACUUCCGGCGGCGCGGGGAUCGGCUCCGGCUUGAAUACCCUUGCUCGGUAUCCCUGGGUGGACUUUGAACGUGUCAAGUGGGAGACUUGCUCCGAGGCUAGUGGGGCUGAUUGUCUCACACCGAAGGGGUAUACGCGGAUGAGGAUGAGGGUUGAGGAGGGGGUCUAUGUUGAUUUCUAUAAUUUGCAUGCUGAUGCGGGGUCCGAAGAGAAAGAUGUCGCUGCGCGAAGUGCCAACCUGCAACAGGUAGCAGAUGCGAUCGGUGCCGACUCUGCCGGAAACGCGGUCAUCGUCUUCGGAGACACCAAUGCCAGGUAUACCUCUUCCGGGGAGAGCGUGCGCGCGUUUACGCAGGAGCAGGGCAUGAAAGAUCCAUGGGUGGAUAUUGUGCUCGGCGGCGAAGAGCCCGUACAGGGCACGCCGGCGAGGAAGUGCGACAGUCCCACGAAGAACCAGACCUGUGAGGUUGUGGAUAAGAUCUUCUAUCGCGGCAGUCGGACGAUCAACUUGAGUGCGACGUCGUGGCGGUAUGAGGAUGACCGGUUUCUGCAGGAUGGGAAGCUACUGUCGGAUCAUAAUCCCAUCGCGGCUAAUUUCACCUGGGAGAGGUCUGCGUCGCUGAGACAGAGUGAUCUGUUUGGGGGUCCGCAUGGCACCUGGUUCAACGACCUUAUUUCCCUUCCCACCACAACAACAAAACUAACAAAGAUCUCCCUCCGUGGCGAGGAGCGCGUAGACUCCGUCGGUGUCACACUUUCCUCCGGCGAGAGUUUCACCCAUGGCGGAAAGGGCGGGAAGUUAGAUGAGCUGCAACUUGAGAAGGACGAGUUCUGGACACGGGCGACCUUAUGCCAGGGGAAGAAAAACGACCACACCAGAAUCUUCUACCUCCGAGCAGACACGUCGGCUAGCAGGACCGUGAGUGCCGGUGCGGAAACGGACGAUUGUCAGAGCUUUGAGGCUGCGGACGGGUGGCAGAUUGUAGGGGCCUUUGGGCAAGACGGGGAGGAGGUUGACCAGCUUGGUUUCAUCUAUGGGUUGCAGUAGAUAGACUCUGAUGGCCAUAGAACAUUAGGAAGUGACGUUGGUGCAGCUAGAUGAAAG